UAAACUCACUAAAGAAAGAAAGAAGAACUCACAGUUUGUUUAGAUGUUCAGCUGCUGCGUCUUUAAUACAUUUCUGUCACUUCUCUGUUUCUAUUCUUGAUGAUUUCCUCUCUUUCAUGACAGCAAACCAAACGUUUUCUCUUUGUUUUGACAAGAGCUUUAAAUAUCCUGUUUCAGGAGUCUUAUUGAGUUUUUGUGUUGAGAUGUUGAAGAUGAGUUUGCAGGUGGAUUUGAUGUGCUGUAAAUCAGUAGGAACUGAUCUGUCCAUGCUGGAUAUUGAUGAUUUGAUGACAGAAAUCUCUCAGCUGAAGAAAGAGGUGGCGUUACUGGAGGCAAAGCUGAGGGAAAGAGGAGAUCCACUGAACGGAGAGGAGCUGGAGAAGGUUUCCUGUCAAUCUUCAGUGUGUGUGACUGAUGGGACCUCCACAGAAUGUCAGGAUUCAGUGUGGAGCGUCAGAGAUCAGAGAUCCAGAGACACACAGGACUCAGAGCUCAGCCUCACUUUACUCUGUUAUACUGACGCUCAGGAGAGUGUGUGUGACAGUAAUCAGGGUGAUCAAACCUCCACAGAGUCUCUGGCUUCUGUCUGUAACGCUGGAGAACAGCAGAUGCUGCAGAUACCAUUGAAGAUGUGUUCAGUGAAGCUGCUGGACUGCAGGAACCUGAUGGAGAUGAGAGGAGAAACCACAGCAGAGGAACAGCAUGAUGAUCACCAUGAAGAUGAUGAGGAUGAUGUUCAACAUGAUGACGAUGAUGAUUUUCUGCCUUCAGAUAGAAACAGUGGUUCAUGUUCAGAUGGAGAAACAACUUCUACAUCAAAAGAGUGUCUGAAAGCACAAAGUCUUUCCUGCAUCACCUGUCAGAAGACAUUCAGCUCAAAGGGACAUUUAGUGAGACAUGAAAGAAAACACACAGAACAGAAAUUCUUCAAAUGCAGGAGAUGUGGAAGCAGCUUUUCUACAUCAAAAGAGAGGAACUUUCAUACAAAAGUGCACAGAGGAAAGAAGCUGUACCACUGUGAUCAGUGCGGGAAGUUUUCUUCUACCACUCCUUAUAAUCUAAAAGCUCACAUGAGGAUACAUUGUGUCGAAAAGCCUUUUCAAUGCAGUGAGUGUGACAAGUGUUUCAGCUUUAAAGGAGUUCUUGUUGCUCAUAAGAGAAUACACACGGGAGAGAAACCGUACAAGUGUCCUCACUGUGAGAAGAGAUUCAACCACAAGCCCCAUCUGAAAAAACAUGUCCGUGUGCACACCAAUGAGAGGCCGUAUCAGUGCAGUGAAUGUGGGAAAACAUUUACACGAAUAGAUUAUCUAAAGUCUCAUCAGAAAAUACACUCUGAGGAGAAACACUAUCAAUGUUCACUGUGUGAUAAACGUUUCCGUCAGAAAGCUAAUCUGAUAGUCCAUGAGAGAAUGCACACUGGAGAGAAACCUUACCUCUGCUCUCACUGUGGAAAGAGAUUUUAUGCUCCGGGUCAGUUGAGCAUUCAUCUGAGAGUGCACACGGGAGAAAAACCUUAUAACUGUAGCGAUUGUGGGAAGAGUUUCAGUCGACACGAUACCUUUGCAAAUCACCAGAGGACACAUACUGGAGAAAGACCUUACAAUUGCACUCAGUGUGACAAAACGUUUGCUCGACAAGGUACCUUGAAAACCCAUCAGAGAGUGCACACAAGAGAGAAACCUUACAGCUGCUCCAUCUGCGGGGAGAGAUUUGCUUAUUUAGGAAGUUUUAAUACUCAUCAGAACAAACAUGCUAAAGAUCAAGAAUCAUUAUAGUGUUUGUCUUUUUCAUGGGUCAGUGGAAGAAGAGACUCCUUCAGCACAUCUAGAGUCAGUAAAUCAAGCUCUCGGCCAAUAGGGGACUGAAUGUACACGGACCGACGGGUACGGACAGGCAUGACUUAGCAGAACCAAUCAAAACCUCUAUUUCAGCUGGGGGCGUGCAGUUGUGGGCAGUAGCCUUGCUACAAAUAGCGAAGCUGUUAGCUUAGCUACAUUUCCCACUAGCGAGGUGAUAGCUUCACUAGUUUUUAAAUCAAUUAACUUUUUAGUAGCAAAUCUAUAUUUUUAUUAGGUAGCGGGCUUAGCGUUAACAAAAGCUACACCGCUACGUUAUUCCAUAUACCUGGUAUUUACUGUCGCCGGUUUUGAAUCAGAAUUAAAAAUGUCUGAUUUAUAUAUUAAGUCACUCCUUUGAGUCUUUACAACAAAUUGGCCACUCGUGAUUGCAAAGCGGUCUGAGUCAGCAUUCAAUCUAAAAGCUUGCGCGUCAAAGUGCGUCUCACUGACCAAAAUGUUAACAUAAUACUUUAAAACAUGGAAAUUAAAGAUAACACUGGUGCAGUGCAUCAGUAUAUCUAUGAUAAAUGGAAACCAAACCUGCAAUUGCAUCCUACAGUUUGCCAGUUACAAAGAAUGUAUUAAAGUUCAACAUGUCUGCAGAUUGUGAACGACUACUGCAGGUGAAGAGAUUUUACCUCCAAUAGAGUAUCAAAACACUUAGCAGCCUUCAUGAAAACACACAAAAAAAGUACCAUGUCAUUACCAUAUUUGGACAUGUACCAUUACCUGGUAGCACUAUGUAAAUAAAAUGGUAUAUAAAUAUGGAAUCCAUAUAUCGAAGUACCAUGGUAGUCUUUGAAGUACUUGGAUAUACAACAAUUAUAUUUACACUGGCGGCCAAAAGUUUGGAAUAAUCUUCAGAUUUUGCUGUUUUGGAAGGAAAUUGGUACUUUAAUUCACCAAAGUGGCAUUCAACUGAUCACAAAGUAUAGUCAGGACAUUACUGAUGUAAAUCAGCACCAUCACUAUUUAAUAAAAGUCAUUUUUGAUCAAAUCUAGACAGCAGCAUCACUCCAACACCUUAUCCAUGAGUAAUCAUGAUAAAUUGAUAAUUCGGUGCUAGAAAAUCACUUGCCAUUAUAUCAAAAACAGCCGAAAGCUAUUUGGUUUAUUAAAUUAAGCUUAACAUUGUGUUUGUGUUUGUUUUGAGUUGCACAGUAUGCUAUAGACUGGAAUGUCUUAAGGACAAUAUUAGGUAAAAUGGAAACAGCUUUCUCUAGAAACUCGUCAGUCAAUCAUUGUUUUGAGGAAUGAAGGCUAUAAAAGUCUUGAAGUUGCCAAAAAACUGCAGAUUUCAUCCAAAGGUGUAACUACAGUCUUCAAAGAUAAAGCACAACUGUCUCUAACAAGGACAGAAAGAGAUGUGGAAGAUGUGCAACUAAACAAGAGGAUAAGUACAUCAGAGUCUCUAGUUUCAGACACCUCACAUGUCCUCCGCUGACAGCUUCAUUGAAUUCUACCCGCUAAACACCAGUUUCAUGUACAACAGUAAAGAGAAGACUCUUAUGAGAAGAAUGGCAAAGAAAAAGACACUUUUGAAACAGAAAAAGAAAAGGUUGGAGUGGGCAAAUAAACACAGACAUUGGACAACAGAUAAUUGGAAAAGAGUGUUACGGAUCUGAACCCCAUUGAGCUUUUGUGGGAUCAGCUAGACUGUAAGGUGCAUGAGAAGUGCCCAACAAGACAGUCACAUCUAUGGCAAGUGCUACAGGAAGUGUGGGGUGAAAGGUCAAGUGCUACAGGAAGUGUGGGGUGAAAGGUCAAGUGCUACAGGAAGUGUGGGGUGAAAGGUCACCUGAGUAUCUGGACAAACUGACAGCUAGAAUAACAAGGAUCUGCAUAGAUGUCAUUUCUGCACAAGGAGGAUUUUCUGAUGAGAAAUUUUUGAAGUAGUUUAAGAAGUUCUGAAAAGUAUUUUUCAAAUUGUAAUGGUAAUUAUUCACGUUAUUAAUGUCCUGACUAUUCAUUGUGAUCAGUUGAAUGCCACUUUGGUGAAUAAAAGUACCAAUUUCUUUCCAUGAGAGCAAAAUCUGUACAUUAUUUCAAAUUUUUGGCCGCAAGUGUAUGUACCAUUCUAUAAUUACAUGGUUCUUCAAAGUGCCAUGGUAUUACCACCUGAUAUCACAGUGUUAUUGUCCAGGUGUAUACACACACACAUACACACAGGGAAUCUGGCCUCUGAACAUAAGCUUCCAGUACAUCUAGAAAUACAUCAGCUAGACAGAAUUACAGGACAAGAUGAUUUGUAUAUGUAUGUAGAGUUGUUAUGUACAGGAAUUUGCAAAAUAUGUUGUUCAAAUGGGUUUGUACAAGUAGUAGUAUAAAUAUAUUUAUAAAAAAUUGAAAAAUUGUGAUUUUGCAUAUUGAACUCAUGGGUUUGUAUAGGUGUAACUGUUCCUGCUCAUCCCGCAUCAAGUGGGAUUCGAACCGGCGUCGCUGGCAUGGGAGGCGGGCGUGCUAAUGAGGAGGCUAAAGGCUCCUCAAUCUUAAACACACUGCACAGAUAUCACGUACCAUCUGGCUCCCGUUAUAUAGGAAACGUGUAUAAAUAUUAAUUUACAUUUUUUGUUUGUUGUUUUCUUUACAUGCACAUACAUACUGCAACAUACAGUAUACUUGCAUACUACAUUAAUGCAUCUGGUUGAAAAACAAAAUAGCUUAGGUGUAGCAAGAUAUCUUUGUUGUGUAGCUUUUUGCUUAGCUUAACAAUUUUUCUGUUGCGUAGCUGGUAGCUUAGAUAUUUCUAAAUCAAUCACAUCUCCGAAUUUUAGCUGGACUCGAGACACACCUCAAAAUGAAAUAUGCUCAACUUUGCUACAAUAGUGCUGCUACUUGCCUUCCCUAUGUAAUGAGAAAGAGCUGGUAUGUGAUAGCUGUGCAGUAUGUAAACCUCACUCCCCUGCCCUCAAGAGGCGCACUAGUUUAUGAUGCUAGAGGCUGGAGAUUUUAGCCUCCUCGUUAGCGCUCCCUCGCCGGAGACGGCACUUCGAGUGCCAUCCGGAGUGGGUCAAGCAGGACUGGUUACACCUUCGGAGGCGUGCAGCACAAGCCUGUCUCUUGGAACAAGCACAUUUAAAGAGUUUUCACUCGUCUGAAAACUGCAACAAUAAUGUCAUCUAUGAGAAUGCUGCAAAUGAUCUCAGAUCAUCUCGGGAGGUGCUGUGAGUUUAGGUCACUAUAUUUCCACACUAGUAACGUGCAUUGUGAACGCAUCUCUGCAGGUUCAAUAAUAUAUAUCUUUGUAUUAAAUAAAGAUAAAUGUGAUUAAAUCAUAAAGUAAUGCAAGACACAUUCACCUUGAAAAUAAAAUUGAG